AGCCACCAGCCAAGGACCAAAAAUGCAAAUACCACUAUCAAGAACACUCCCGCGUCUCUUGCGGUUACCACUACUCCUUCCCCGCCCACCACCGCCAAAAAUGCAACUCAGUCAAUCCUCAUGGCGAGCCUACACAACCCCGGUCCUCGCCAAACCCACAAAAUUCACACCGCCCUCUCACCCCCCGUCCCCGCUCCGCACCCGGGACCCUAUGAACUACCCUGGUCCUCCGACUCACCGAGACCCAACAAAACGCUACCCAAACACCAUGCCGCCGCCAAACACCUGGUCUCACUACUUCCUCACCUCGCGAUCCCUACACUUCUACAUUUCUAUCUCCGUCCUGCUAGUCCUAGGGACCUGGGCUUCCGUGACAAAUUUCCUCCGCACGACGGAGAGGGGUAGGGAGGUUGAGGGUGAAUUAUCAUGGAGUCAACCACUGGAUUCCGUGAAGCGGUUCUUGGAGGCGUAUAAGUUGCACGCGCACGAGCGGAGUUUGUUGGUUGCGGAGAUCAGGAGGAGAAAGGUUGAGGAUGUGGAUAAGAGGGUGGCGUAUAGGCGGGCGCAUGGGCUGGAACAGGCGAGGGCGGAGGGGGAAUUCAGUGGGCGGGGGGUUAAGCCCGGGGCGGAGCGGGAAGAAGCGGGUAGGGCUCUCAGGAGGCUGGAUGCGGUCGUGGGAGUGGAGGAAAGCCCCACUGGUGGGAAGGGGAGCUGGGUGGAGGAGGAGAUUCGGAGGGCUGAGGAGGAGGUGGAGAAGGCUAUUGCUGCUGGAGUUGCGGCUGGGGCUGGGACUGCUGGAAAGGCUAUGGAGGGGGUGGUCGCACCUCAGGAGGCUAAAGAGGAGAAAGGGAAGCGGUCUUGGUGGUCGAAGAGUUGAAGCAUUGAACGUUGAGUGGGGUAGGAUGUGUGCAUAUGUGAGGCUUCUCUGUAAAUUAUUUGCUGCUAUGAUAUACAUCAACCGAGUAGUGCGCUGUAAGUAUAUAUCAUA